AUGCAUCGACUUGUUGUAGACGAUGUUGUGGAGGAUAUUCGGGGAUCCUUUUCGGUCCAAGACCUUUCCCUAGCCAUUAAAGCAUUAAAGCAGAGCGACAAGCCAAGCCAGGAGACCUCGCCGCCCAGCACCCCCCAGUAUAGCACUUUCCAAUCCGAGGCAGAUGGGCAACAAGCCUUGAAGUCAGCUAGCUCUGAUCACAUCAGAGAAGAUGAAGAGCCUUUAGUGGCAGUGAUCGGAUGUGGAUACGUCGGUACACAGCUUAUCGGUAGUUUUUCGACUCAGUAUGAUGUGCUUGGCUUCGAUGUCUCCAAGGAACAACUUCAAAGAGUUCAGGCAGAGCAUGGCGGCGAAGAAAGUCGAGCCACCUUUACCCUUGACCCUCGAGACCUCUCCAAGGCCACCCAUUUCCUCAUCUCAGUGCCAACGCUUCUUAAGGCCGACAAGACAAUCGAUACUUCCUAUGUGAAGAGCGCCUUAAUGAACAUUCGCACAUAUGCUCGUGCGGGCUCAACUGUCGUAAUCGAAAGUUCAGUCGCCAUCGGAAUGACGAGACAACUACUUGGUCCUUUGGCUCAAGAAAAGGGCUUUUUCGCCGGCAUGUCCCCAGAGAGAGUCGACCCUGGACGAACGGACCCACCAAUGAAGACAAUUCCCAAGGUCCUCUCCGGAUUAGAUGACGUCGUGCCGGGAUCUCUCAACGCCAUCAUUCGUCUCUAUUCGCGCGUAUUUGACACCAUCGUUCCCGUCUCCACUCCGGAGGCGGCCGAGAUGACCAAGCUCUAUGAGAACUGCCAGAGAAUGGUAGCUAUCGCGUACGCCAACGAAAUGGCAGAUGCUUGCAUCGAUCAUGGUAUCGACCCUUACGAGGUGUGCAGAGCGGCGGCUACGAAGCCCUUUGGCUACACGCCAUUCACGCCCAGUCUUGGUGUCGGAGGACAUUGUAUUCCGGUCAACCCGUACUACCUCUUGUCCAACAGCCAAUUCCCGUUUUUGAAGAUGGCUACCGAGACCAUGUGGCAACGGCCAGAGAGGAUUGGUCAGCGAGCUAUAAAUGCCCUUUUCCAGGACAAGCCGCAAGACAUCGAAAACGAUGGCCUUUUCAUCAGCAACAACACGACAAUUGAGCAGCCAUCACAAAUUAGCCAAUUUAAGGGCGCUCGGCCGCGGGUACUAGUGGUCGGCGUCGGGUUCAAGGCUGGCCAGUCUCACCUUAGCAAUUCCCCAGGCUUGAAACUUAUCCAGACGCUCGCGGACUCGCGACGCGUGGAUGUCAUGUUUGCCGAUUCGCUAGUUGGACAAAGCGCCAUCCCUAACAUUCCUCGUCUAGAUAUGGACGACUGGAACAAGUCAAGUCUCGAAGGAUUCGACAUGAUCAUCGUUUCCUUCAAACAGACCGGGAUGGACUUCAAGGUCCUCGACGAUCUAGAAAACGUUAAAGUCGAGAUGUGGUGUCCGUAA